GUAAAAGAAGCCCUAGAUGAGCGAACUCUUGCACUCUAUCAGCAGGGUGUGCCACUUCUCUUCUUAUGCAACAGCUCGGCUCCGCUGCGGAGUUUUGGACAUUUUUGUGCCUCCCACACCCUCCGAGUGCGCCGCCGCAGCAGCUUGCGCGCCCGCCAGAGCUAAAAUUACAGAUGACAGCACAGCUACCUAGAUGGGUGAGUGGGUGUGGGCUGAUGAGGAACUCAUUUCAGAUCCGAAAACGUAGUUCAUCCUGAAAAAUGACACCUCGCUUAAUUGGAUGUACAGAUGUGCCUCAGCCGUCAGCCCGACCAGUUCUGCUAGUUUAUGACUAAAGCGUCGCCACGGAGGAUCGCAAAAUUCUGUUCACCUUACAGAAAAGGAGAUCGCGGAAAAGAACAGGAAAGACCCGGCGUGAGAUAAGAUGUGCAGGACGUGUUGAAGAUGCUGAAGUUUUUCCCUCAUCGUUUGCCAAGACGAAGAAAGGAUUUUCACUCUUUGUGAGGGACCGACUUGCUACAUAUAAAUGCAUGUAUUGUGGAGCAGACUCACCAUGGAAACCUGGCACUUCUAAAUAUUUAUUUAAUAUAAAGAAGAUUUGCAUUUAUCUAACUUAAGAAAUGUGCUAAAAAAAAACUUCCUGGAAUAUCACUUAACAUUACUUACGUUUUUUUUAAUACUAAAAAAUGAAAUUGUCUAAUUGGAGCGUGGGAGCUGGUUACAGCCCAGAAAACAUUAUCAGCUGUGGCUUUAAUGGACUGCCACGUUUACAUCUAAAUAUUUGGCUUUAGUUUCUGAAAUACUAAGAAGGCACGUCUGGAUCACUGCCCACAACAGCCUACAAGACUACUGCCAAUACUCGUGGAGAUGUCAGUUUAAAAAAUCUGCUUGUUCUCCGCAGAUUUGUUGGGAUUUCCACUGCCAUUAUUACGGGCUCUAGCACGCCACACUCUGUGCACGAAUGGAACUGUCCACAGUAAGGACCACCACAGUGAUAAGCAAUGAGGGAGCCGCCCCACAGUGGAGGAGUAGGGAACCUGUACCUGUUGUCUGCCAAGAAAACUACUACCUAACCCAGCAGCACCCGGCCACAGUGCUAGCAGAAUUCAUCAUCGUUGGUUUCUUCCUCUCCCUCGUCAUUAUCUUCUUCAGCUUCAACAGAUCAGCCUCGGAUCACCUGGUUUUCCUGAUCACCGUCUUCAUUGGACUCGGCAUUUUCAUUGUCCUUUUCAUCCUUCUGUUUUCGGAAAAUCUUUACCAGAAAUGUGCGUUGCUCGUCUCUUUUUUGAAUUGGUUCAUCCUCACUGCUGCGGCCUUCGUCUUCAUCUUUGGAGAAGCACCUGUCACCGCAUGGGAUCAGGUGGCAUUCAUCAUCUUUAUCGUCCUCUUAGUUUACACACUGCUGCCUCUCAGUUUGAAGGCAACUCUCAUCCUUGGAAUUGGCACCUCAUUGGCACACGUUAUUGUGAUGAGUAUCUAUGUGCCAAUACAAAGCAAGACACUGCCAUUCCCACAACUACAGCUGGUGCCAAAUGCCUUCCUUUUCAUCUGCAUCAAUCUGGUGGGGGUAUAUCACAAAGUGCUAACAGACCAGGCCUUGAAGCAGAUCUACAGCGACACAUUCAGCUUUAACAAGUCGAGAGCCAAGCUUGUCAAUGAGAAAAGGCAUCAGGAGCACCUACUGUUGUCAGUCCUACCCGUUCACAUUGCCUUUGAGAUGAAAGCUGAAAUCAUCGAGCGGCUCAAGGACAAGCAGGAAAGGCAGCCACACCCUGAGAAUGCAAAUAAUUUCCACAACCUUUAUGUCAAGCAGCACAAGAACGUCAGCAUACUGUAUGCAGACAUUGUUGGUUUCACACAGUUGGCAAGUAUGUGCUCACCUGAGGAGCUGGUCCAUAUGCUGAAUGAGCUCUUUGGAAAAUUUGACCAAAUUGCCAAGGAGAAUGAAUGCAUGAGAAUCAAAAUCCUUGGAGACUGCUACUACUGUGUGUCUGGACUGCCUGUGUCCCUGCCGAACCACGCCAAGAACUGUGUGAAGAUGGGUCUGGACAUGUGUCACUCCAUCAAUAAGCUGAGGGAGGCCACAGGAGUAGACAUCAACAUGCGGGUUGGAAUUCAUUCUGGUAACGUUCUCUGUGGAGUUAUCGGCCUGCAGAAGUGGCAGUACGACGUGUGGUCACAUGACGUGGUCCUCGCCAAUUACAUGGAGUCCGGUGGCCUUCCAGGCCGGGUCCAUAUCACAGAAGCUACCUUAUCCCAUCUGGAUGGAUCAUAUGAAGUUGAAGAAGGAUAUGGCGAGGCAAGAAAUGAAAAUCUUAGGGGAAUACGGACAUUCUUUGUCAUUGAUCCCAGGGCUAGGACUCUCCUCCUUAAGAGUUUAUUGUGCCCUGAUUCAGGGGAAGGCUCAAAGGUUCGAGCAUCUCUUCGUAUGGCACGAUACCUAGAGUCCUGGGGAGCAGUGAAACCAUUUGCACACUUGAAUAAGCGAGACAGCAUGGGAUUACUGCCUUUUCUAGACUCUACUCAGGUGGAUGGUGCAGCUGAAAGUGCGACACACCAGGACUUAGAACGGACUCGUUCACAGAAUCCUGAUGAUGUUGCAAAUGAUACGAUGGAAAGCCUGAACUCACACAAACAGUGGUUAUCAUCUGAAGACUUCAACUGGUUAACAAUGCUUUUCCGUAAAGUAUCCAUGGAAAAAGAGUUUCGCUGUUGUCCUCUACCAGAUUUUCACCUUUAUGUUGGCUGUGCUACUAUUAUUUACAUAUCCAACUUUUCUGUACAGAUGUUCAGCUCCACACUAAACAUGCAACUGGGAAUCUCCUAUGGUGUCUCCUUUUUUCUUCUUCUGCUACUGCUGUUCAGUAGCUUCUCUGGACAUCUGGCGAGGUGGACGCAGAAGGGCCCAAACUUCUUGAAGUGGAUCCCGUCCAUCUCAGCCGCUAUUGUUCAUAAGCCAGUCCUUCGGGUCAUCCUUCAGAUCAUUGUGAUUCUUGUGGUUCUUGUCAUGGGUAUUCUUAACUUUUUUUUCAUCUUCAACCCUGCACCAGAUUGUCCUAUGGCAUCCCAAACAUCUACCACAGGCCAACUCUACGCCUUACCGUAUUACCUGUACUGCUGCCUGAUGAGCAUGCUGUGCUGCUUGGUGUUCCUGCACAUGAAUUUUGAAGUGAAGAUGAUCCUGCUUACUGCAGCCAUGGUGGUCUAUGAGAUAAUCUUCCUGUACAUAGAUAGCUGGCUCUCGGACUGCUACAUCACUCAGCUCUAUGGAAACGCAAGCCAGCCUCACGUCUUGAAUGAGCCAAAGCUCAUGGCUGGUGUAUGGCUUUUGGUCUUCUUCUUCCUCAUCUUUGUGCUUGCCAGACAGCAUGAAUUUUACUGUCGCCUGGAUUUUCUGUGGAAGAAGAAAUUCACACAGGAGAGGGACAGGAUCGAGACAAUGGAAAAUCUGAACCGCAUCCUUCUGGAGAAUAUGCUGCCAGCUCACGUAGCGGCUCACUUCAUCGGGAGGAAAAGGAGGAAUGAGGACCUGUACAGUGAGUCCUACGACUGUGUCUGCAUCUUGUUUGCAUCGAUCCCGGACUUUCGUGAAUUUUAUAGUGAGAGUGACGUGAACCGUGAAGGACUGGAGUGUAUAAGACUGUUAAACGAGAUCAUCUCUGACUUUGAUGAGCUCCUGUCCAAGCCCAAGUUCAGUGGCGUGGAGAAAAUAAAAACCAUCUGCAGUACGUAUAUGGCUGCCACUGGCAUCAACACACAGCAAGAGACCAGAAAGGAUGGAGACCGAAAAUACGGCCACAUUGGAAUUAUGGUGGAAUUUGCUGUAGCUUUAAUGGGAAAACUGGAUGUAAUUAAUAGGCACUCCUUCAAUAAUUUCAAGCUGAGAGUUGGCAUAAACCAUGGUCCAGUUAUUGCUGGAGUGAUAGGUGCUCAGAAACCUCAGUACGACAUCUGGGGAAAUGCAGUAAAUGUGGCAAGUCGCAUGGACAGCACUGGCGUAGAUGGCAAGAUCCAGGUGACAGAGGAGACCGCAGAAGUUCUUCAAUCAUUGGGCUACUCCUGCACCCUGCGAGGGGUCAUCAAGGUGAAAGGAAAAGGGGAACUGAGGACCUUUUUUGUGAACACUGAUGCAGGCAAAUCUGGCGGGGACUGGUUCAUUUGAAAAAGCAGCUUAAGCCGCCUGCACAUGUGAAGAGAAGCGUUGUGUUGCCUCUUGUGUGUUAAAGACUCACUGACUACAGCAUGCAGUGUUUUCUUCUGAAUUCACCAGAAGAACUGUGCAUGUCCAGUUUAUUGUUACGCUGCCUGUCAAUACUAAUACUUCCUUCUCCAGAACUUCCUGCAAGUCACACUUGCGUCAUCUUAUUACAAGUAGUCAGUAGCUGCUUUACUUUUUUUUUUUCCAUGAGAAGGCAACACAACUGAAAACAUGCCUUUCAUCAUCGAUGAAAAGAGACAUUUUGUGAAAAGAAAGUGUUAAAAUACAGAGAAGAAGGAGCUACACUGUCAGGAUGCUGUCCCAAAAAGAGAGCAGAGGGAGUCAAAAUCACUCAAAUGACCUUGACAAUCAAAUGGUGUUUGUGACUGAAAAGACAUAGAGGGUCUGCCCCGUCUGGGUGUGAUGAGUGAGGUCUGCAGCCAGGUGUGAAAUAGAAAGAGAAUUGCAAAUUAAAAGCCUGAGGUCCAGGGUCAGAAAUUAGAUAGGAGUUCGGUCAUCAUGGUGUGGUUAAAGAGGUCCACUACCAGAUUUAAAGUAGAGAGGCUCAUUACAAGAAUAAGUGAGUCAAGAGCAAAGCACUGUCAGGGCCAGUACCCCAAUUUUAAAAAAUAAGGCCUCACAGUCUGAGCAUGGGCCCAAGUACAGAGAUUUGUUACAUGAACUACAGUACAGAUAAUCAAAAACUGACCAAAAUGGGGCUUAGAUUUAAAUAAUCAAUCAGGUACCUCAUUGUCACCGUGUGGUGAAAGAGGUCCCCUGCCAGGCCUAAGGCAGAGAGACUCAUUACAUGAACUAGUCAAUUAAUAGUGAAAAAGGACAGCAGAGGGUCCACUGCCAGAAAUAAAACCAUAGAGGGAAACACCAUCAGAGUGUGAGACUUGAGGUAAGGGGGGCUCAUGACAUUCACUACGGAAUCAAAGCCAAAAAGUUUGAUGAAUGAAGCCCACAGCCAGACUUAGACCAAAAGGGGGUUUACUAAUCGAUCUAGCAAAUCAUUAGCCAAUAACAGAGUAGCAUGGAGUACAGGACCACAAAUUAAAUAGGGGCUGUCACCGUCAGGGUGCAAUAACACAGAUCAAGUGACAGUCUCUUUACGUGGACUACUGUACCAAUAGCCAAAAACAGAGCACCAUUAGUCCAGUGCUAAAAAAUAAAUCGGGGAUUCCACCAUCAUGGUGUUGCAAUAGAUGUCUACUGUCAGGCUUACAGCACAGGAACUCGUUAUAUGAACUAAUGUAAUUAAAGAGAGCCUUACCCCAUCAGGGUGCAGUGAAAGAGGACCACUAAAAGACCACUAGGAAGGAGGUAGUCAUUAAAUGCGAAAACUGUGGCCUAAGGUAGCAUAAACUAAAUAGAUGGUUCCACCAUCAGGAUGCUGUGGAAGAAUUUCCCUGCCAGGCCUGCCUUAAACUAGAGGGGCUCAUGACAUGAAUUACGGAAUCAGAAGGCCAAUGCAAUGUUUUAAAUUAAAAUAAUUUAAAAUAAAUAAAUAAAAUCAAGAUUCCUAUCAUCAGUAUAGUGCUGUCAGGCCCAAGUACAAGGAUUUCAUAAAUUAUGUAUUAUAUAAAUAAAGAAUAAACGACCAAUGGGGGCCUAAAUCCAGAAAUUAUUCAAGUAGGUCUCCUGCCAAGCCUAAAGUAGAGGGACUUUGUGUUAUGAACGCAGUAUGCUCGAUGAUUACUGUGAGACAAAAAGACCAGGAGAUCAUCAGAAUGCUGAGAAGAUGUGGUCAAAAGGGAGAAACACGAGUCGAAAGCUGUGAGACAGAGUAAUAAUAAGCAACCAAAACCAGAGGCCAAAAUGAGAACUCAAAGUUCAAACCCAACGCUAGGGUCUACUUAGAAUCAAAGUUAAAUAACACUAAAGAAGUUAAGACUUGGCAUCCACAGAGGGAUAACCUGAAAAAGUGAGAAUGAUGCCAUAUUUAACAUAUCACAUAGUCACGUCAAAGGGGUGCUGUUCGUGAUCACGUGACUAAAGUGUAGACAAGGUGGUUAUAUAUUUAAACUCAAAACACAAGUUCUGAUUACGCAUGUAUAAAAGCUCCAAAUAACACCUAAAUACACACAUAAAGAUGUGUGAAUAUUACAGAAGUAAGGAAUCAAUAAUGAAAACAGCAUAGGGUCCAGUGAUGGAACUAAAUUAAGAGGGUCUUACUACAUGAAGUAAGGAAUCAAAAGCCAAAUUGCAGGUCCCACCAUUAGGGUGUAGUGACGGAGUGAGACUGCCAGGGACAGAGAGUAAGAGUUCACCACGUCUAUAAAAGAAACAACAGCCAAAAAACAGAAGUAUGGGGUCUUGUAUCAAAAAUAAAACAAUGUUCCCAAGAAGAGACAGAGAGAGAGUGUUUACAUGAACCAAUGUGUCACUAGCCAAAAAUACAGGGGACCAGUGCCAUGAGAAUAAAUUGGGAGCCCCAGAGUUAGGGUGGAAUGACAGAGGUCCACUGUGAGGCUUAAAGAAGAGGAGCUCAUUACAUGAAUUAGUUUACCAGAACAAAGCAGUAUGAUGUUCCAUAUAAGAAAUAAAACCAUGGGGCUCUGCUGCCUGGAUGCUUGAAUGAACGUAACUAAGAAGCUCAAAGCACAAGUCUGUAUUAUAUAAACUAGAGUGUCAAAAGCCAAAAAGAGAGCAACAUGAUGUCCCGUAGCUGCCUACUUCCAAUCAAAGUAAGAGAGUCGGAUUACAGAAAUUUAUAAAACAACCGCCAAACACCACAGCAAUGUGAGGUCCAGUGCCUGAAAUAGGGGGCACCACUACUGCAAGAUGUAAAGCUGAGGAGCUUAUUACAUGAAAUAGUGCAUAAAUUGUCCAAAAGAGUACAGAAUGUCGAGGGGCAACAUAGUCAGCAGGGUAUGUCUACUGCUGCUGAGCUCAAAGUGAGGUACUUCACUACUAUUACAGAUAUAGGACCCUGGACCUAAACAGAAAUAGCUGGUGGUCCAAGUGUAGCUUUAAAAUAGAGAAAAAUGAGAGAUUUAAAGUUCAAAUCAUGUAAUAUUAUGGAGACCUAAAGGGCUCCACAAAAAUAGAUUUUGGUGACCAGUGCCAUAUAGGAAAUAAAGGGUCCCUGAAACACAAAUUAUAUAAAGGUUGCCCAUAAAAAUAGAUUAUAGGGACUAGUACCAUUUAUGAAAUAAAGGGGUCCCACAGAAACAGAUUAUGGGGACCAGUGUCACAAAUGAUUUUAAGGGUCCCACCAAAAAAAAAAAAAAAUGAGGACCAGUGUCACACAUAAUAUAAAGGGGCCUCACAUAAUAGGUGUUGGGGGCCAGUGCCAUAUAUGAAAUAAAGGGGUCCCACAAAAAUAGAUUAUGGGACCAGUGUCACACAUGAUUCAAAAGAGCCUCAAAAUAGAUUCACUGCCAGGAGAAACAGAGAAGCCUACUAUAUAGGAGUUCUUAAAAUGAAGUAGAGUGCCCUGCUACCAGUGUUAGAAUCGUAGUAAUACAGGACAAAAAACAAAAGCUGUCAUUGUCAAUUGUCAAAUGAAAAAUAGCACAAUAGAGACACAGUACCUGAUAAGGAAUAAUAGAGAUCCACUGUCAUAAUGAAGGGGUUUAACUACCGCUGUUUCAGUUUUACCCCAUUAUUCUAUAUGUGAUGUAGGUGGUCUUUAAAUAAAUUAUGACCAUGCAGUAAAGCACUUAUGUUGGCUCUUUAGUGAUAUAUUAUGUUGCCAGUAAACGUACAGUGAAUCCACAAUGAACAGACCCCAGUCCUCCUCUUUCUAUUUCUCAGGUUACACAUUACAUUCAACUUCAGUUCAACUUUAUCUGAUAAAGCACUGUUUAUUAAGUAGAUCAUCACAAGGCACUUCUGAAGCACACAAGAAAACAAUUCAAAUUCAAUAAGAUAAGGAAGUGUAAUAUGAGAUAAGACCCAUCUGCCAGUUACCCUGACAUUUCCCACACCAGUUCAGCUGGGAACCCAAUGCAGUUCAUCACCCAGUGACGCUCUCAGGCAGGUUUAGCUCCCUCUGGCUGCCAGACAUGCAUUAGCAGAUGUUGGAUAUGGAUGCUCAUCUUGUCUGAUAGCAGAACAUCAGAAACUGAGAAACUGUGUAAUGUGAAGAUAAUAGAUGUUUACAUGUGUUUGUAUAAUUUAUUUUGUAUAGAAGGUGUAAUUUAAUUUUUUUUUUUGCUUUUUAUAGGAAAAUCUUUAAAAAAUCUAAAUGCAGGAAAACUAUUUUAAUACAAAUGCUUAUCCUGCUUUUGGUUGAAUAGUUGUCAUAGAUGGCCUUCAAGACAGCCAUUGCUUAGUAUGCGCUGCACUUUGCUUUCUUACUUCUUGUCUGCACGUGUCUAUUUGUGUCCAGGACUGAAAAAUAUUUAAAUAAACCUGUUGUGAGGCCUUAGUGGACUGGCACUCUAUCUAGGAAGGUUUCCUGCCUUGAGUCCAGGGCUGCCAGGAUAGGCCAUGAAUUGGAUUAGGGCUGAGAAUUGUAUGGUAUGGCAUCUUGAUCCAGAAUCAUACGUUUUACUAGUUGUUUAGACAACCAUGAUGUUUACAUGGGUUUGUUUGUAAUUGUCAGCUAAAGUUCUCAGAUAUAAAUUCUGCAAUUUUUAUAGCAAUAAAGAAAUAUAUUUAAAGUGUUUAA